GUGCGUCCUCCAUCUCUUUCUUCUUCUCCGUUCACCCUAGCAGCCGCCCACCUCUUUCCUUUUUCUUCUUCUAUUUGUCGCAGCCGCCGAUCAUCUCCCUCUCUUCCCUUCCGUCCGUCGAAGCCAAGGCCGCCGCGUGAACCUGUAACCGCCGGCUGUCUCCCCUCUCCUUUCUCCUCUGUUUUCUGCCCAGCGUCGUGUGACCCUCUGCCCAGCACCGCGUGACCCUCCGCCCAGUGCCGUGUGACCCUCUGCCCAGCACCGCGCAACCUUUGUCUCGCGCCGUUGUCCAGAUCUGCAACGCCGUGUCCCCACCGGUAGCCGAUCUCUUCCUAAAUUGCGUGUCCCCUAUCAAGUCGUCGUUCUUCUGCUCGUUGGAAGACGGAGUUACGAUUUGAAGCCGAUUUUCUUUUCCGGUUGAGUCGCAUUCAGUGUUGCUCUAUUUACAGCCGUUUGAUUCGUUCUUGAUUGUCAUUUUUGCCUUGCCGUGAACCAUUGGGCUCAUAUUUGGUUUGCCCUUAUUUGGAUUGUUUCGUGGACGAUAGUUGAUUAAGGAGCUUCCCUAACUUUGAGAUGAUUGAGGAGCUUGGUGGUUCUCUCACUGCUGAUGGGAGUACAAGCACUCAUGUCAUUACAGGAAAUUUGCGGAAAACUCUAAAUUUUUGUAUUGCUCUCUUUUCAGGAGCUUGGAUUUUCUCCUCCAGUUGGUUAAAGGAAAGCUACCGGGAAGGUAGAUUUGUUGACGAGUUGCCUUACAUACUAAAUGAUGAUGACUACAUAUCGAAGUAUCGAGCCAGCCUAAAAGCUACAGUUCUCAGGGCAAAAGCAUGUCCUGGAGCUUUAUUUGAAGGGUAUAAUGUUUGCAUAUCAGCUCACGCUCAACCACCACCUAAAACUCUAUCCUUGAUACUCAAGUCAGCCGGUGGAAAUGUAAGUUCUCUGUUAUUGUACAAAUCUCGAGUACUAGGUUUGGUUCUCUAUAUUACAUAUACAACCACUAUAAUAUGGCUAUCCUCCCAUCUAAUGAAGAUGUGAAGUUCUCAACAAACAAGCACGUAUAUGAAUUCUAGACAUGGGUCAAUAAAUCAUAGACAUGGUGACGUGCCAUUUUUUUCUAAAAAAUAUAGGAUAGCGCUAGAACACAGUUUUAAUAUAUAUAAUUUAAAAAGUAUGUAUCAUAUUUAUAUAGAAAUUCAAAGUCAAUAAGUUUAUGUAUUUAUAUGCUUAAAAAUAAGCUUGUCCUUCACUCAAAACUUAUUCAAAGCCAAGAGUUUAAUAUGUGUGUGUGACCAAUCUUGACCUUUAUUACAUUGGAAUACUUGUUGUCUAACACAUCUACUGUACUAACUAGUGUUCAACACGUGUUCUCCGAGUGUUCCAUACAUAUUGUUUAUUGAUACACUAGCCAAACUUGAGUGUAUGUGCUUCUUAAGUCUUUAAUAUUUAUGUUUGUUUUGAUCCUAGGAAUUGAGCAUGUAAUGUAAAAAGUCUAUGCACAAGGGGUCAUAUGGCCAUCUCCGUGUUUCUUUAAUUAUCAAAUUUGUUCAAGUUUUUAA